AUGCCUUUGAUGCGCGACAACGAAAUGUUGGUCCAGCCGCUCGAGCCACAGCAGGUAGCGGUAGCAUCGACCAUGGCCGGUCAGUCGGUGCCUUUAAUUCACGGAGCGGAGGUGAACAGAGUCGGGAUGCGAAUGCCGGAGUUCACUCCAAACGACCCUGAACUCUGGUUCAGCAUAUUAGACCGGAGCUUCCAUGCUGCCGGAAUAACCACUGACGCGACGAAGUUCGGUUAUGCGCUUACCGCAUUAGGACCAACUUAUAUGGCUGAGGUACGCGACGUAAUAAUGAACCCGCCCGGGGAAGGCGCGUACGACACUUUGAAGCGCGAAUUGACCAAGCGUUUAAGCCUGUCACAAGAACACAAGACACGCAGGCUGUUGGAGCACGAGGAGAUCGGUGACCGUAAACCGUCGCAAUUUUUACGGCACCUCCGAAGUCUCGCGGGAGCCGCGGUCGGGGACAGCGUGCUGCGAACCGUAUGGCUUAGCCGAUUGCCUUCGUAUUUGCAGCCACAUUUGGUGGCAAGAGCGACCGACACCCUGGACCAGCUCGCGGACAUCGCGGAUGCGAUUGCGGGAGCGGUCCGCGCCCCGGCCCUCCAGAUAGCGGAGGCUGCAACGCCGUCGGUGACGCGUGUGAUUGAGACGGAUGGCGCGGCCGCGUUUCAGGCAAAGAUCAACCUCCAACUAACACAGAUGAGGUUGUCGCUGCAGCAAGAGAUGACGGAACAGAUAGCGGCCCUUCGGAGGUCCAUCGAGGCUAUCGGGCAGCCGGAGCGAGGCCGUGGCGAGUUUCGGGGACGGCAGCGUUCGCGGUCGCGUUCGCGAGGUCGAGGUCAUGCCAGCAAUAAUCUGUGUUGGUACCAUUGGAGAUUCGGGCCGGAUGCUAGACGUUGUGAUCCGCCGUGCGCUGAGUCGUCGGCACGGGGAAACGCUCCGGCUCCCGGGGCAGUUCCUGUGUCAACGAGCAGCUGA